AUGACGUUACAAGACUCGACGCCCCACCUCUACCCGCACUUCCUCGUACCAAGCCGCGCGGACGAGGUGCAGAAGCAGCAUAGGAGGAUGACCUACAGCCGUCGUGUCGACAUCGCGCGCGAGUACACCACCAUCUCGAGCCACCUCGUCCAGACCCACACGGAGCGAUUCGGCACCACCGCGAGCGGAGCGUCCGAGACGGUCCGAGUCGUCUCGACCCACGUCGUCGUUUCGCAUUGGUCCGCCGGCACACCGACUCGUCUCACCGUCCCGCCUGCCGACAAAACGACGACGAAGAGGGUCAAGAGCGAUCCUGACGCCGCGCCGGCCCGAGCGGCAUUGUCAUCCCUCGAUGCGAACAUCCCCUCGUCAAGGACGCAAGCGCCGGUACCGAGCGAAAAGCAAGGUACGGCGACGAAGAUGACGGCAAACAAGAAGCAAGGCGCCCCCAACGACGACGACGACGACGACGACGAAGGCCGGGGCGGGACGGAUCGGAUCAUAGUCAAGUUCCACGCCGUGCACCGCAACGGAGUCAAGUCGGGACCCAAGUACAUUGUCGCGGACCGGCACGCCUGGUCGCGCCUUUCGCGGGCCCAGGUGGAAGCGACGCUGAAAAAGUGUCUGGCAAAGGAGCGCGGUCGUCGCAUCGCCAAGAGGGCCGCGGGCGCCGCGUCGAGCCGGACGCUUUCGACCACCCGUGGUACCGCUGACGAGGGGUGCCGCGUCGAUGUUGGCGUGGACGACCAGGCGAGCGUGGCGGCGGCGCCGAUACCGUCCCGGCCUGGGAUGGAGCUCGAUGACGAUGUUGACGAGGAGGGUGCGAGAGAGGCUUGGUUCAUCCUCAAGUGA